AUGAUCCCAUCGGAAAUUCUCACUUGUCAAUUUAAAGUUAAUCAAACUGGAUGUCUUAUUGAUAUCAGAUGGUAUUUAACUACAAAUAUGACUGGAAUUAAUUUCUUAGCCGAUGAAACAUUAUCGUCACCAUUAGAACAUACACUUCGUGUUAAAACUUUGAUGUCAGGAUUUGGAGUUAUACAACAAAUAGAACAUUCAUUUUAUUAUUUUUGUACAACUGAUCGAUGUAAUGAUGCAAAUGUAUUCAAACGUAUAUUAGAAUCUUUAUCAUUAAGUAGUCAAUUAAAUGAACUUAAAGAUCUUUUGAAACCAGAAGAUCCAUUUGAUGGUCGUAAUUGUUUAAUUUAUGCAAAUACAACUGAUAAAAGUUGUAACAUAACUAGUGAUAUUGAUUCUAAAAUUUGUAAACAAUGUUCAACAACUUUUACAACUGAAACUACAAUAGAUACGAUAUGUGCAACUUGUUUUCGUGAUAAUGUAUAUGGAGAUCAUUUAGGUGAGGAAGUUCUUUUCAAUAUGACUAACCAAGCACGUAUCUCGAGUUGGUUUAUUCGUUGUCGAUCACAAGGUUGUAAUGGACUUAAUAUUGGCCGACAAAUUCAUAAUAAAAGUCAUAUUUCAUUUGAUUUUAAUAAGUUUCUAAGUCAUAAUACUAGUAGCAAACAAACAACAUCGUCAUCUUUAAUUACGAUUAUUAUGAUUAUCAUAGCAUUUAUUAUCGAAACUUUCUAUUGA